AUGCCAAGCCCGCGCAUUGAACUGCUCCAAAGCAGGCGCCUUUCUCGCGGUCCGAUGCGUUCAAAGAUCUCUGCGGCGAGCGAGAGACGGAGGAAGAAAAGGAAAAAGAAUGAGUGAAAAGAUGGGCGAUGCAACAUCAUCAUACCAGCGCUUGGAGUGCUAGAGCGAAAAGGAAUUUUGUUCAAUUCAAACCCCGGGCCUCUGCCUCUGCCUCUGCCUCGCACCCCUCCAUCAUAAAAGGACCACACCGCUGCACCCUCUGCACCCACGAAGCCAGCGACGCUCCAUCGCAAGCCAUACUCUUCCAUUUCCUCGAGUAGUUUUCCAGAGCCGAGAGGAGAGGAGAAGAUGGCUUCCAUGACCCAGGCCAUGCCGUACUACCCCGCCACCGACCCCAUCAUGCACGCGCGGCCGGCCGCCACGUCGAGGGGCUCCUUCGCGCCGGUGUUCACCGUGCUGGGCGUCAUCUCCUUCCUCGCCGUGGUCGCCUGCGUCGCGGGGCGGCUGUGCGGCCGCCGGCUCUCCAAGAAGAAGGCCUACGCCGACCAGCACUACUACGGCACCAACGCGGUCGGCGGCGACCUGGAGAAGGGCUUCGAGGUCAAGUACCCGCCGAUGAAGCCCAUGCCCAGCUCCCGCGCGGUGAUCCACGACAUGGACGAUGGCUUCGAGAUCAAGUUCGCGCCGGGGAAACCCGCCGCGUGGAAGACCGACGCCAAGGCCGACAGCAGAGGCCGCCACCACCACCAGCAGCAGCACCACCACCAUCCCCAGGUCGGCGGCAUGCCCAAGGAGUACGCCGGUUUCAGGUACCCCGCGGGCGCGGCUGCCAACGGCGCUGUCAGGCAAGGGCAGCAAGUAAGGGGCGGAACGUUCGUCUCUGCAAAGCCCGGUUCAUGAUCAUCACAUCACAUCACAGUAGCUUAGGUUCAUCACAACUUGAUGUAUCUCAUCAUAUGAUAAGAGUGUCUUGUCUUGUACUCUUGUCUGUCUACUAGGCAUCCAUGAUCCAUCCGCGAUAAUAGCGGCGUUUUCGUUCUUCACUCUAGUUUUGGGGCGCGCUCUGCAAGGUUUGUACUACUAGUUCCCAGCCACUCCCAGAUUUUAUUCUGUAAGUACAUUAGACCCAUCAAGCAGUGAAGAACAUCCCAUUCUCACGA